AUGUAUUUUAGCCAGAACACAGAUGAAGAAGCAAAAGCUGAAGUCUUCGAUUCUCUUAACUCUAUGCAGGAUUCCCAACCAAAGAAAUAUUUGGGCCUCCCAUCAUUAAUUGGAAGGUCAAAGAAGCAAGUUUUCAAUGAAAUAAAGGAAAGGGUUGGAAAGAAGUUAUCAGGGUGGAAGGAAAAACUCUUGUCGAUAGGUGGUAGGGAAGUCCUGAUUAAGGUUGUUGCCCAAGCUGUGCCUACUUAUACAAUGGGGUGUUUCUUACUCCCAAAAGGCCUUUGUGAGGAUCUUGAGAGAAUGAUGAGGAAUUUUUGGUGGGGACAAAGGCAUCACGAAUCAAAGAUUGCUUGGGUGAGUUGGUCAAAAAUGUGCAAAUCAAAAUUUGAAGAAGGAAUGGGUUUUCGAGACCUUCAAGCAUUUAAUUUGGCCAUGCUAGCAAAGCAGGGAUGGGGGAUGAUGUCUCACCCUUCAUCAUUGAUGGCUCGACUAUACAAGGCAAGAUACUUCCCAAACAAUGAUGUUUUAAGUGCUAACUUGGGGAGUAACCCAUCAUUUGCUUGGAGAAGCAUCCACCAAAGUCUGGAAGUUCUAAAACAAGGCACAAAUGGAGGGUAG